AAAGAAGCAGGUAUUGACUUGGGGUUUGAGAGGUCUCCCCCUUCUCGAGGUUAAAAUCGAUCUGGUUUGGGUCGUCGAUGGGGAAUUCAUGCGGCAAACUUGCCACUUGCUUCUGACUGUUUCAAAUUCUCCAGGAUCCGAGGUAGCGCGAUUCAACCAUCGUCGUUGACUCUCCGGUUCUGCAAUAGCGGCGGCCCAAUAACGAAGCUCCGGCAAUGGACCCUGUUGAAGAUGCCAAACCUCUAUUCAGCAACGGAAUCGAGUUGGUGAACUUAGCCGUGUCCUCCGAUGUUCUGAGCAAUUCAUGGGCUGCAAUCUCUGAACUCCAGUCCCAGACCGACCGCAAUCACCAAAGCCCACCAUCUCCUGAAACAGUGAAAAUCCGAGAAUUUGAACACCCAGAAUACAAAAUCAUUGCUUUUGUGACCCCACCAGUUGCCACUACUUAUCUGCAAGAAGCGGGCGAUUUGGUCCCUUCUUCUUCAUCAGAGGCCUCUGAGUUUGAGUUUCUCUGCUCCAAGGACAGCCCGUCUUUUUCCAUAAACAAAGCUGCGAUUUCUCUGUUCAACUCUCUCCGAGAUAAGCAGCUCUCCCCCCUGAAAGCUCAGGUUGCAACUUCCUCCAAGUCAAGACCACACAUUAUAACUGGAGAUUGUUUGGGUGGAUCCAUUGCCUCUCUUUUCACUCUAUGGCUCCUACGCAUACUCGAUUCAGCCACCAAAAACCGUCCGCUUUGCAUCACAUUCGGUUCACCCCUCAUUGGGGACGGUGGCUUCCAACAAGCCAUAUUGCAAUAUUCAACAUGGAGUUCUUGCUUCUUGCAUGUGGCUCAUAUGGAUGACUGUUUUCCUCGACACUUUCUCUUGUCCACCACGGAGCAGAGUCUAUACCGGCCUUUUGGUACAUUUCUCUUGUGUUCUAAAUCGGGUGGUGCAUGUUUCGAAGCACCUAAAUCCAUAAUCGAGUUGCUCACCCUGAACAGCUCGGAAAGGAAUGUUGGCACUGCAGAUCCCCAAAUUUUCAGUUAUAAGAGUGUCAUUGAAUGUCUCGAACGGCGAUUGACUUGCAAAAACCAAUCUGCUUUUAAUGUGGCUGAUGCUGAUUCAUUUAAAGCUGGGAUAACUGCGCAAGUUGCAGCAAUUGGCCUUAUGCAAAUUCAGGAUAGGGAUAUCGAUGCUAAGAUAGUGAUGCCUGAACAAGACACCCUAGAACAAAAGAAUCCAGCAAUUGAUCCUGCUAAGGCGUUGGACAAAAUGAAAGUGUACCUAGCUUAUUUUGAAUGGUAUAAGAACAAAUGCGAAGAUGACGGCCGGGGUCCUGGAUAUUAUGACAGCUUCAAGAACAAAAUGGCUAGGCGUGACCAUAAAGUCGUUAAGUUCAAAACAGAACUCGAGAUGUAUUGGGUACCCGUGGUGGAAGAGGCGGAGAAGAGGCCUCAGAGGGUAGGAUCACCGAUGCGUAUCCGCUGGCUCUUCGCAGGGACAAAUUACCGGAGGAUGGUCGAGCCGCUCCACAUAGCUGAGUACUAUAAAUGGGGCAAAAGAAGUUACAUAUCCCAAGGGAGACCCAAGCACUUCAAGCUACUGGAACAGUGGCUGGACGAACAUCAGAAACAGCCCAAGAAUAGCGUUCCUAACAAAUCGAAAAUGAAGAAGAUCAUGUUCAGCGUUACAGAGGAUUCAUGCUUCUGGGCUCAUGUGGAGGAGGCACGAAUAUCGUGCAGGUUGUUGAACACCGGAGGAUUGAACAGCACAGAAAUAGAGAAAUUGGUCGAGUUCGAGAAGUAUGUCAUGGGUUUGCUCAAGGACUAUGCUGUUUCUCCGGAUAUUUUCUUGGAAAGCAGCAGCUACAUGCAAUGGUGGAGGGAGUAUGAGGACAUUUUGAGGAAGCAAAUGAUAGGAGAUUCUCACAACUCGGAACUCAUUUGUUUCAUGAAUGAGGAAUACUAUUACCAGUAUAAAUCAGGUACCUGGUAG